CACGCAGUAAUAAUCACAAAUGACGCUUCCGAAUGAUACGACGCUUAACACUAACAGGACUUACUAUGAUAUCUUGGACGUUACUAGAUGUGCAUCUCCCGCUACUAUUCGAGCGAGCUACCACCGUCUAAUAUUAAAGUACCACCCAGAUAAAGUACAAUCACUGUCACAAAAUUCAAAUGUAUCACCUAGUUUACAAAGAUGUUCGCAAGGUGAAGUAAAUGCUGGCAGUGGGCCUUGCAGCAGACUUGAGGCGAACGCGAGUAUGUCAGAUACUUUAGAAAGUUCAGGAGUUAGCGUAGAUGAAAAGGUACUAUGUGAUAAGAGGAGGAGUGUGCCGAAUACACGUAAUAUAUUUGCUUGCAUACAAGAGGCGUAUGCAACACUCCGGGAUGCUACACAGCGAAGUAUAUAUGACGCACGCAUCGACAACUCCGACUGGACACAGAGUUGUCCCGGCAACGGAGAGGUUGAUCUGGAUGACAUGGAUUAUAAUGAGAGUGAUGACACAUACAGCCAGGCGUGUCGAUGUGGCGGUGACUAUAUUGUUAGCGGAGACGAACUGGAGCAGGGCCUGGAUGUUGUACAGUGUAGCCAGUGUUCAUUGAGUGUACACGUACUGUUUGCUCAACAAUAAAAUAAGUACAUGAGAUACGAGUUGGAGGCUCGCAGGCGCAUAUGGCUUCGCACGUUAGGUUAAACAAGUCGCACUUGGAAAUCCCUAAGCGUCUUUCACUCUCCUCUCUUCUCUUCGGGAGUACCGCUCGGCCCCUCACAACACAAGUAGAUCGGUAGGUUAAAGAGUAAAUAUUAAGAAUAGCUUUGCAUUGUUAUUCAGUCGCAUAUCUCUAUGGUCUCGAGAUUAAAUAAUAUAACUUCGCGACCGGACACGUCGAGGUUUGGGAUGGGCGAGCAAAGGUUGCGUGUUCAUAUACUGAGCGUGAUGAGGGUGUGAGCGAGCGAGUCCCCAGGAAGACGCAGUAGAGUACAAGAGAUUUGAGAUAUCUCAUGAGAGCUUGCUUCAGAGUAUUGACAUGCCGCAGAUGAUAUGUUGAGGAUUUUGAUCCUCUCAUUUCAUGGCCCGGACGCGAUACUACAAUUUACU